AUGUCAACCUUUGGACACUACUUCCGGGUGACCACCUAUGGAGAAUCUCACUGCCGCUCUGUAGGAUGCAUUGUCGACGGGUGCCCUCCUGGUCUACAACUCACAGAGUCGGACAUUCAACCUCAGAUGACCCGGCGCCGUCCGGGACAGUCAGCUCUCACCACACCGCGAAACGAGAAAGACCGGGUGGAGAUCCAUUCGGGUACAGAGUUUGGCAUCACUCUGGGCACACCGAUCAUGUUGAUGGUGCGGAACGAGGAUCAAAGACCCAAAGACUACGGGAGCGGGACGAUGGAUAUGUAUCCUAGGCCGAGUCAUGCGGAUUUCACCUACCUGGAGAAAUAUGGGGUCAAGGCCAGUAGCGGAGGAGGGAGAAGCAGUGCGCGGGAGACGAUUGGUAGAGUAGCAGCGGGCGCCAUCGCAGAAAAGUACCUGUCGCUGGCUCAUGGCGUUGAAAUCGUGGCCUUUGUCUCGUCUGUCGGAGCCGAGUAUCUCUUCCCCCCAACUCCCACUCACCCUAGUCCUGCCACGAACCCAGCAUUUCUCUCGUUAAUAUCAGAAAUCACGAGAGAGCAGGUUGACUCGUUCGUGCCCGUACGAUGCCCGGACGCAGAUGCCACCGCGCGAAUGACGAAGGUGAUUGAGAAGCACCGUGACGCAAAGGACAGCAUUGGAGGCACUGUUACCUGUGUGAUCCGGAACUGCCCCAUCGGCCUGGGUGAGCCGUGCUUUGACAAACUCGAAGCAGAGCUUGGACAAGCCAUGUUGAGCAUUCCCGCCACCAAAGGGUUCGAAAUCGGCUCGGGCUUUGGAGGAUGCGAAAUAUCCGGAUCAAUUCACAACGAUGCAUUCAUCGCCGCACCGGAAGUGCUACCAGGGCAGAAAACAUCGAAACGGAAAUUGACGACCAAGACCAACAAUUCUGGGGGCAUCCAAGGUGGGAUCUCGAAUGGACAGGAUAUCUACUUCAGAGUUGCCUUCAAACCUCCUGCUACAAUUGGACAGGCGCAGCAGACGGCGACUUUCGACGGAGAGGAGGGCGUCCUGGAGGCCAAAGGGCGACACGAUCCGUGCGUUGUGCCGAGAGCGGUGCCAAUUGUCGAGGCUAUGUCUGCUUUGGUGCUCAUGGAUAAUCUACUGGCACAGCUGUCUCGAGAAACAGCCCGGAGUCUAUUGCCGCCUUUGAAAGCAGUAUUGCCGACGAAAGGCAGCGGAACAUCAGCAACUGCAGAGAAGGUGGCCGAACAUCUGAAUGGAGCUGCAGCAGUACAAUAG